UUGACGAAUGGAUGAUUCACUGUUCAAAGAUAUGUUGAAGGUCUCGUUGAUUCACGCGUUUGAUUUUGAGACGUAGGUAGGUAAACCAUGUAUAGAAUCAAGCAGACUAAAGCAGCGAAGGAAACAAUACAUUCACCUAGAAGAAGAUAAUGAUUAGAAUACAACUAUGAGGAAAAGCAUACAGAUAGAUUUUAAGAAGUUUGAGAUGGCACGAAAUGAGACAACAAUAGUAACAAUGUAAGAAGUUAAAACAAUAGCAUUAUCAUGUUCAAACUUGUUACCAAGUUAUUACUCUCGAAGGGUAGAUCAUACAGGCUAAUGAUAAUGAAUAAAGAAGACAACAUUUGUUGGUUUCAUGGGAAAGUGUCACGAGAAGUAGCAGAACAAAUACUAACAAAUGAUGGUGGCGAUGAAGAUGGAGCUUUCCUGGUUCGCGAGAGCAACACGGCUGUUGGAGACUAUGUGCUGUCUGUCCUCCAUGAGGGAGAAGUGGUGCAUUAUCAGAUUAGACGACAUGGAGAAGAUGCCUUUUUUUCUAUAGAUGAACAUACCAUAAUCCAUGGCUUGGAGACUUUAAUUGAAUACUACCAGGAAGCAGCACAUGGUCUGGUCUGUAAGCUUACCAAGGUCUGUAAGAAGGAUCCUCCACCUCAUGAUUCUCGCAGACAUGGACGUACUAAUCUUUUACAUAGAGCAACCAAAGAAGGAAACUACACAGUUGUAUCAGAGUUACUGAAGUGUGGAUAUCGGAGUUUGGAGGCAAAGAAUCAGGAGGGACAAACAGCUGUGCACUUGGCAAGUCGCAUGGGCAAGGAUGAUAUUCUCAAGAAAUUAAUUGAAAGUGGAGCCAACAUUAACUGUCGUGAUACGGCCGGCUACACGCCACUACAUUAUGCGUGUCAAAGCAACCUGCCUAGCACAGUCCGGGUACUAGUGCAAAUAGGAUUUGCCAAUAUUCAGGCACGGAACUCAGAUACAGGUUGGGUUCCACUUCAUGAGGCUGCCAGUAGAGGUCACAAAGAGGUUGUACGAGUUUUACUGUCCUUGAAUGCACCUGUCAACCCAAGGACAAUUGCUAAUGACACUCCUGUUGAUUUAGCUAUGAGAAAUGGUCACCAGGACUGUGCUAGGAUACUCAGGAACUACAAAUGUCCAGUACCAAAAACUCAAAAGAAAGAUUGGUAUCAUGGUACACUUGAUAGGAAUGAAGCGCUGAAUAUGUUGAAGGAGUGGGGCAGUAAGGAUGGCACGUUCCUUGUCCGAUAUAGCGAUCGUAACGGUGGAAUGUACGUGUUGACAACUAUCUAUUCUGGCCAGACGUACCAUUUUCAAAUCAGGACCCAGGGUGAUUAUUUCUUUAUUGAUGAUGGUCCAUAUUUGGAUUCAUUGGAACAUGUGAUUGAGCACUAUAGCCUAUUGUCGGACGGUCUGCCUACAACACUGCAGGUUCCAGUUCCUCCCAUGCCUAAACCCCCAGUGCCUGAGAUGCCUCCCUCAUUACUACUUAAUGGGCUGUCUGCAACAUUACCUCACCGAAGGCCACUGAAAUGCUCACCAAACAGAAGUCAUGGGGUGUCACCAUCAUCAAGUGCGGGGGCAUCUCCUGUUCACAGUCGUCGUGGCUCACUGACUGUUAACAGCAGUAAUAUCAGUUCAUCUGUGCCAAGUGUACCAGAACCCAUUCCAUGUCCAGUUGACAGAAAUCAUAAUGUGGAAAGCGUGAUGCCAACUCCAAAAAAGCAGGAACCGAAACAUCAUGAAUUUAUACCUCGUGAUAGUCUUUCUCUUGGCACAGUUCUUGGUGAGGGGGAAUUUGGGUCUGUCUUCAAAGGAACAUACCAGAAUAUGGAUGGUACAAUGAUUGAUGUAGCUAUCAAAACUCUACAUCAAGAACAUGUUGAAGCUAACCGCGAUGAAUUCCUUCGAGAGGCUAAAGUUAUGAUAGGACUGAACCACCAUUGUAUAGUGAGGCUAAUUGGUGUGUCGAAAGGACCUCCUUUGCUUAUGGUUCAGGAGUUGGUUCCUCUUGGUUCAAUGUUAGCUUACUUGUUGGAGUUCCCUGACCGAGUAAAUCCAGACUAUGAAUUGAAAGUUUGGGCAUCACAAAUUGCAUGUGGAAUGAAGUACCUGGAAGAACAGAGAUUUGUUCACCGAGACUUGGCUGCUAGGAAUAUUCUCCUUGCAACUAGACACCAGGCAAAGAUUAGUGACUUUGGUCUGUCACGUGCUCUCGGGAAUGAACGUGAAUAUUACAAAGCCACCCAAGGAGGUCGUUGGCCUAUCAAAUGGUAUGCACCAGAGUCAUAUAAUUUUGGCACUUUCUCUCAUGCCAGUGAUGUGUGGAGUUUUGGUGUAACAUUAUGGGAAAUGUUUUCAGUUGGACAGCAGCCCUAUGGAGAGAAGAGGGGCGUUGAGGUGAUACAGCUGGUGGAAAAAGGGGAGCGUUUGACACAAACAGAACAUUGUCCAGACAGUGUUUAUAGGAUAAUGGAACGAUGUUGGGCAUAUCAGCCACGUGACAGACCAACCUUCAGUGAACUACUGGAGAUAUUCUCAUCGGAUCCUGAAUAUACAAAUAUCAAAGAAUUGGUGCCUGCAAUUAACAUUAGCUAGCAUGCACAUCAUAUACUAGAAAGCAGAAAUUUCAAGAGGGACCAAAUACAAUUGAGUUCAACGAUGUGCCAGUUUCCAUAUCAUUAGGAUAGGUAUAAUUAGUACUGUUUAAAAUGUGCCUUAAUUACAUUGUAUUAUGGAGCUGUAAGUAUCUCUUUAUUUUCCAUUGAAACUGUUUUGUAUUGUAGAUUAUUUGUUUGAUAACUUCAUGCAGUGCUCGAACUGGACCUAAUGCAUUCCUUCCAAUAUAGUAAGUUUAAAGGACCAUGUUUUGUUAUACCAGUGCUAUGUUGGGUGGUGUCCAUUAUUUUUAAUAUAUUUGAUAUAUGGAGCAGUUCAGGAGUUGGUUCUACUCCUGUUUUCAGUUAAUUGGAUGCCAUUUUAUCGACAGUGCUAUUAUUUGAAAUUUGAGGUUCUCAGAUGCCGCUGGUGGUCUUCUGGGUUGUCACUUGAAGGUGGGUAUUCAUAUUUUUUAUUUGUGAUUGAUCAUGGCACCUGAAUACUAGGCUAGUACACUAACUACCAGGGUUGUCAAAUUUCAAAUUUAUUGUGUAUUGACCAUUAGAAAAUUACUCCCAUUUUGUAUUAAAGGAGUCCCAAGUUCUGUUCUCUGCUCAGAAUCCUGUUAUUCUAAUAUAUAUAAUAUAUAUAUAUAUAUUUUUUUGGUGACUUUGUCAGUCCCUCCAGUCAUAUUCUGGGACAGUAGCUUAGCUGUAUCGCUGUUACAGGCUAGAAUGUUAUAUUGAUAUAUGUGGGGAUGAAAUUUUGUGCAUCAUUGUUAAGAGCUGACAGCAGGAAGAUUACUGGCCAACACACAGCCUACAUAUUUUCAUAAACAGUGACUGGAUUAAGUAGACCACAUUCAUCGCAAUUUAUGAUUCAAAAUCAUCCUGUUAUUUGGCACUGUGUAACAUAAAUCAGUAAACCGAGCAUUCAUCUUCUUCCUAAUAUGUUUCUACUUUAUAUGCAUCACCUUAGCUGGUAAUAUUGAACAGUGGGCGUUGUUCUCUUCAAAUCAUACGUAACUGAAUUACUUGAUUGAAUUUAAGAGCUUGAUAUCUUUCGUUAAUGAUGCCUAGGUUAUUGAAUGAUUCUGUUUCAUCUUAUUAUGUCACGAACACUGAUUAAGGUGGGAAGGUGAUGAUGUAGGUAAAAGAGAUGGUUAUGGACUGUUUGAAUAUACUUCCUGGCAUCAACCUGUGUUGACAGAGGAAACCAAUGAAAUCCCCGUUUAUCUAGUAACCUGGCUGAACCAGUAACAGUACAACAUUAAUCUGCUUAGUGGUGAUUUGUCAGUAAAUGUGCUUUGUAACCAGGAGAUCCUGAUGAAAUGUCUUGUAAAGGAUUUUAAUACUUGUUUUAUAGAAAUUGAGAAAGUAUAGUUGCAUGUUUCACAUUCAGAUGACAGGGAGAAUAACAAAGUCUCCAGUACCAUUUAUUUGAGAACAAUCAUUUUUUGGUGUAAAUGAUUUGUAUAAAUUGUGAUCCAUUGCAGCAUUACUGGGCAGCCUGUAUUAUGCAAGGACCAAUUUAAAAGUACAAACACCUGUCCAUACCACAGGCCAAAUGAUAGUAAAAUAUAUUAUUUAGUAUUUUGUCAUAUAAUUUUUUAGUUGACAAAAAUACUUAUGUUUUAAGAAGGAAAGAUUUUGUAUUAAAAAUUCUUGCAUCUAACAUUUUUAAUUUAAUGUGUGGGAGAAUAUCAAUUAGAAGUCUGGUGCUGAUUUUUAUUACCUCUGUUUUUGAGGUGUGAAAUCAGCCUGUGGGCCACAUUGAGACAUGUGCAGACCAUAGGUUGCUUAUCAGUAACUUAUAAGGUCUGUAAUUGAUUCUGUUCCAUUUUUCGGGAAAUGUGAGACCAUUUCGAGCACUGGUUACAAUGUGAUUGUAUCAAUUCUAAUGUGCCACUGUAUGUUCACUUUGAUGGCUGUGCUGACAUUGAAAAUUAGAAUGAAAUGUUUAGUCUUCUUCUUUAGUCCAAUUUAAGUCUUCAUCUUCUCUGAAUUAUAAAGGUUUUCUAUAUCCUAUUUUGACAUGAUGUGACCUGUUCAGUGUUAAGAACAGACAUUUGGUAUUGUGGUAGCAGUGUUGUAUCAUGUAAUGAGAUCAUGCAAGCCACCCAGUUAUGGAGCUCUUCAUUAAAUGUUCUACUUCCUCCUGUUAUUUCAUCCCUCUUAGGUCCAAAUAUUCUAUUCAGCACCAUUUUCUCAAAUAUCCAUAAUCCAUGUUCUUCCCCUAAUGUGAGAGACAUAGUUUCUCAUUCAUACAAAACAACAGGUAAAAUUAUAAUUUGUUUUUACAUUGUAAUCUUGUAAUCUAAAAGAUACUGAAUUGCAUGGUAGCAAGCAUUGCAGAUAUUAAAAUUGUGCAAUGAACAUGCAGUAUAACACUGUACCAUCAUAUAUUCACAGAUAAGGCUAUCUAAUGCCUGUACUAGCUUCAAAAUUCUCUUUCCAAUACGUUCUUGGUCUUCAGCUUACUUUUCACUCUGUAGAUUAUAUAAUUCCAUACUGUCUUCAGCUGUUUUCACUCAUUCCAUCAUGUGUCUCCAUCUAUUCAUAUAUGUAGCAAUAUCUUCUGGAUUAUAAUCAUACUGCUUAUGCAUGCAGAAAACUGUCACUCAUUGGUAAGUGUUUUAAUUUUAUUAAAUAGCAAUUCUUAUGUUCUUCGAUCUAGCUUCUUUGUGUAAAGGCAACCAUAACUAUUUGUUAUAGUGCAAAAGUAAUUUUUGUCCACUUCCAUUCCAUGGCGUGGCAACUGUUUAAUAUAUAAAACGAUCACUUUGCAGUGCCACGGUAGUAGAUAAUAGAAUGUUUGUCAAGGGGAAUAUAUAUUGAUAUAAUUAUCAUAGUAAAUGAUUAGUUUUAUUAUUUAUUUACAGUUUUGAUGAAGAUUGAAGAGUUUUGCAAGUACACUUUUAUACUCUUAUAUGAUGUGAAGCUUUCAUGGCAGAUGUCAAUAAAAUCUUCACGGGCCAGCAGCCACAUCACUUGGUUAAACUCUGCCAGAGUUUAACCAAGUGAUACGGCUGCUGGCCAGAGAAGAUUUUAUUUUUACCCUCGUCUUUUGUUUUGAAGGGCUGCAAAUGAUUUUUUUGCAUGUGCCUUCCACUCUUCUGACACCAGUUUUAUUUUUGGCUAUUCCACAUGGUGAUGACAUUUCCUCUUUUUCUCCUUAUUUCCAUAUUCAUUGGAGUUUAUAUAAUUUCAGUGUCUGACACAGCAUCUUGUCUUGUUGCUCAUUUGUAUGUAAUGUGCUGUUCAGUUAUGUCUUGUCACAGCUCAAGUGGAAGAUCAAGAGACCACAAAGUAUUAUCCUUCUGUAAGUUUAUACUUGUUAUGCAUUUAGCUAGGAAUUUGUUUAUAAUAAACACAAAUCCUGAAUAA